ACAAAGGAAAUAAAAAUCAUCUUACAAUUUUCUCCCUCUGUUUUGCCUCUCCUCACAGCGUCCGGUUCCCGACAUCCUCUUUCAUCUGGAAUUUUCCUCAUCUGUGAGUCCACCAGGCUGCUGCUGCUCCGUCCAUCCCUCGCCUCUCGAGCUGCUGCUUCUGCUCUUACUCCUGCUCCUGCUCCGUCCCUCGCCCCCUCCGUCCCUGGUCCGACCCGUCUUGCACAGGGCUCUAGUAGUACCGUAGCCUCUCCUGCUCUCAGCGGUGUCGAAGAGCAUAGACCUGUCCUACUGCACAGAAGGCAGAAAAACCAUUGCUUGCUCCUCAUCUCAGUCUCUUUGGAAGUCCCGUCAAGAACUCUGAUUCCGAUGUCGCAGCAGCAAGAGCAGUCUCCUUCCCUCGACGAUUGCCUGAAGCUGUUGAAGGGCGAGAGAGACGAGCAACGGCUGGCCGGUCUCCUCUUGUUGACUAAGUUCUGCAGAGGCGAUGAUCACGCCUCAAUUCGUCGGGCCUACGAUGCGGUUGGUUCCCAGUUUCUUGACCGUCUCUUGAGGACUGGGAUGAGAAAAGGACCUAAUGGUGGGAGUGACAAUGACAACCGCGAUGCAUAUUUGCAGUUAUCGGUGACAGUUCUUGCCACACUUUGUCGUGUUCCAGAGAUUGCUUCUUCAAAAGAGAUGGUGUCUAAAAUCCCAGUUGUAUUGGAGGUCAUGUCUAAAGAAUCAGUUUCACCUGUUCUUGAAGAGUGUUAUGAGUUUUUGUACUUAACAUCAUCCACAAAUGAAGAUGGAGUUACUACGUUGUUCGAAUCCGAUGGCAUCAGGAUAUUAGCUUCCCCAAUUUCUACUUUUACUGAUGGUUCUCAUUUGAUGGAGCUAUCUAUGAAACUUGUACAAUUGAUGCUAAGCAAGGUGUCGCUUGGCAUCAUUACAGAUGCCUGCCUUGUAGAGAUGUCAACCAUUGUGGCUGCUAUAAUAAGGCAAUUUGCCAUGUUGCACAAUGCCUUGAAAUUUGAUGCGCUUCACCUGCUUUCUGCCAUCUUCUCUUCAGACUAUUCGGGACCACUUAAGGAGGAACUUGGUCGAAAGACGAAUAAUCAUUGGCCAGAUUAUCUGCUCAUCGGUGUUGUAGCAAUCCUACAAAACAGGGUAGCUCCUGCCGAAAAGCUCCAUUCCCUUGUUUUAGCCGAGACGGCUAUCUCAAUAAUGGGUGAGAGAUGGCUGAUUAAUCCAGUUAAAUUGCCUAAUAUGCAGGAGCAAGUUCCUCCAGACAGGUGUCUCCUGCUAGUGUUGGAGUCUUCCCGUGUUGAAGUUGCUGUUCUGUUGAAUGAUAUUGCAUACCUAAAAUACGAAGCUUCAAAGAAUACUUCAUCCACUAUGGAAAGUAUUCUUUCAAAGCGGAGACAUCUGGGUAUUGCUUUUUCCUUGGUUGAGAAGAUAAUUAGACUAAUCUCAACCAUUGGGGAAGAAGAAGGUAGUCUUGUUGAUGAUAAUACUUUUGUGAAGGUCAUCAACGGGCUCAAUGAGACAAUUGCUGUGGUUCUUGAGUAUUUACAAGAUGCCAAGGAUCAUGGUCAAAAGAAGGGAGAUGAUCUGCUAGCAUCUGUACGGGUUGUUGGGAGUUAUCUUGCAGAGACACCUAUGGCAUGUAAAGAGAAGGUGAGAGAGCUCCUAGCUUAUAUGCUCUCUGUGGAAGGAGAAGAUGAACCUAGCAGUCCCUUUUCCUCUGUCUGCUUUCUCAUGCCUCUGCUCUGUCAAAUCACAAUGGACUUUGAAGGAUGUAAAAGUUUAGUUUCAUCGGGAGGGCAUAGAGCUAUUGUGCAGUGCCUUGUAAAACUGGUUGGUCAGAAUGCUCUGACAGACAGUAGUGGCGGCAUCUUCUUGGCUUGUGAUACUGUCCUCAACCUUCUGAUAAAGAGAGAGGAGCUGCAACUUUCAAUGGAUGCAUCACUCUAUAUUGACCUUCUGAAAGCAUUGACAUAUUGGGCUGAGAAUGCUUGCGACCUAUCUGUCACUAUGAUGGCUUCAAGCGUAUGUUCAUUGAUACUCGACUAUACAUCAGAAGAAGCUCUUCUAAAGUCCGAGCUUGACAGAGCCACAUGCAACCGGCUUUAUUGCCUCGUUGCGAGAAGCCUUACUUCGGUCCGACAGGCAUUAUUAUCGCAGGAUGUGUCUGAUGAUGCCCAGUCUGAGAUGGACCUUUACGAGAUCAUUUCAUCUGGAUAUUCUCGGUGGGCUCCAAGAUUCCCCAGCAUAAAGAGCAUGGUCGAGAGAAGUUGAGUGCUUCUGGCAGUUUGUCUGUUGUAAUUAUACGCCUACCCUAACUUCUGCAAUCUCGUAAUGUUAGGAAUUGGUAAAUGGAUCAGAUCAGAUGUAUUCACGGUAUGGAUAAAUCCAUGCUAAUGGAGAUAUUUGUGAAGCAGUUUCCCUUUUUUCCUUUGCUACUGAAUGGGAGUGAGGGGAUAACUUUCUCUAAACGUAUCAGUAGGAGCGCGGGGUUUACUUACCGCAGCACACGAUGUCAUCUCAUGAAAUCUAGGCAUCAUAUUCUCAUGAAGUUACGCGGGGUAUCCUAUUUUAUUUUUUGGUUACGCGGGGUAUCCUACUU